AUGUCCGCACCCACUGUAGCCUCUGCCGAUCCUCAUCGUUACGCUUCCGCUCCCGAGCAGCCCAUCCCAGACGAAGCUCUCUCCCUCUUCCAAACCUCUACCUACCUAAGCUCUCUCUCCACUUCGGCGCUGGUACAGCACAUAAUUCAAACAAGGGAUCAAGUCUUUCCUCAUGCGCCUUAUCCAUGCUUGGGAAGCUUCAGAUUCUUGAUGCCUGCUAUACAUACAUGCGGACCGCAAGGCACUUACGAAGCGUUGCUUGCCCAUCUGAAAAGUCAAGCGGGAGGGGAAGAAGCAGGAGCACCUCCGAAGAAACAUUUGGACCUGGGUUGCGCAAUGGGACAGGAUACGCGAAAAUUGAUCGUGGAUGGAGUGCCUUCUCAUCGAUUGGUAGCUGCUGAUCUGUCCAAGGACCUCAUGGAUGCAGGACACGCCAUGUACGACGAUGCAUCAGCUCGAGAGCGAAUCGGAGGGACAAAAUGGUUGGUGUGCGAUGUGUUUGAUGAGCAGCACGUUCAAAGAGUGCGCGACGAGGCGAAAGAGGAUGGCGGAUACGGCAGCAUAUACAUCGGAAGCUUUUUGCAUCUGUUUGAUCUCGGUGAGUCAUUGCGCAAGGAAACACGUCUCACAAGAAACAAAUCAAAGUCCUUCUUCGCUCAUCGUGCAAUGCCCGCAGACGAGCAAAAGUCGAUCGUCAAGACUCUGGACGGUCUACUCUCGCAUCAUCCAAAUUCUCAGAUCCUAGGUCGUCAAGUCGGACUGCCGCUCGGUCGAUCCGUCGAAGAGAAGCAGGGCAAGUGGAAGGGGAAUCAACAGACCGACAGGGCUUAUAGACACGAUGUGCAAUCCUUCAAACAACUUUGGGGAAGCGAGUGGAACGUGUUUGUGGAGCAGGAGGACUUUGGAGGUCGAUAUGGAGAUGGAGACGCUGCGAGCAGAGACAGCACGGCAGAUCAUGCCACCAAGCGGUUGCUAUUCAAGAUUGUGCGCAAACCUCAUCAGAGUGUAUAG